AUGGCGAAUCUACCGGAUUUUGACGACCUCCCGCCGGUUCCUGGCAUGCCCCAGGGCUGUACAUGGGGGAUAUUUGACCAGGAUGGCAAGAAGGACAUGUAUGGCACGUUGAACCUGUUGACUCCGGAGGUGGUGAAAGCAGCCGCAUCUGAAAUCUGUCAUGGGGUCUCCGUUUCGCUAAACUGGCCGAUUGGGAGUGUAAGGAUACCGGGGUUCUUCCGGAAGAGCCUUGACCGCCAGGUCACCAAGAUGGAUGAUCCUCGAACUGGGAAGAUAUUUGCAUUUGAUGACGAGGUGCACUUCAAUACCCAGGCCAGUAGCCAGUGGGACAGUUUAUGCCACAUCCAGCAUCUCCCAACGGAAUCAACCUACAAUGGCUUCAAAGCCACCGUCGAAGGGCUCCAGAACCCACAGGAAUCCGAUCCACUGCCGACAUUGAAUCACUGGCACAAACGCGGAUGCAUCACCGGAAGAGGAGUGUUAAUCGACUUCAAAGGCUACGCCGAUGCCAAAGGAAUCCAAUACUCUCCGUUCUCCGGUUUCCGAAUCAGCCCUAAAGAAAUCGAGGCCGUCGCAGAGUACCAGGGAACGACCUUCCAGCAUGGCGACAUCUUGAUCAUCCGGUUUGGCUUCACGGAAGCAAUGGGUGCUAUGACGGGUGAGGAACAGGCCCAGGCCAUGGGCUCCUCCCAUGCCGUCUGCGGUGUGGAAGGUACCGUUGAGAUGGCUCGGUGGUUGUGGAAUCGACGCUUUGCGGCCAUCGCCUGCGACAAUAUGGCCGUCGAAGCUAUUCCGCCUAUCAUCAAUGGUGAGGAGAGGCCGCCGUUUGAGCUUGUCCUUCAUCCCUGGUGCUUGAGUCUGAUGGGAAUGCCACUGGGGGAGCUGUGGGAUCUCAAGGUGCUGGCGGAGGAGUGCAAGAAGGCCCAGAAGUAUAGCUUUUUCCUUACUUCGUCGCCUUUGAAUGUGCCGGGGGCUGUUGGGAGUCCACCGAACGCUAUAGCCAUUCUGUAG